AUGGCUCUGAGGCGCAUCCUACCCGCCCUGCACUCCUACAUUCCCCGCUUCGCCUCGCUGUCCGCGGCGCCGGCCGUCCGCUAGCAGCCCGCCGCCGGCCCAGGGGCCGUGCCGGGACGUGGGUCAGCCAAGGCAGUGCGGCCACCGGUGACCGCCGUGGACUUCGGCAACGCGCAGGAGGCGUACCGCAGCCGGCGAACCUGGGAGCUGGCGCGCAGCCUGCUGGUGCUGCGCUUGUACGUCUGGCCCGCGCUGCUGGCGCUGCACCAGCAGGUGCGCGGGGUGCAGGCGGGGGCGCGGGGCUUCUGCCGGUCCCGGGAGCCUUUACGGAGCUUCCUGGAAAGUGUUGCAAAGAUGGGCAUCGCAUCCAAGGCUGAGAUUGAGGACUGGUUCACGGCGGAGACCCUGGGAGUGUCUGGCACCGUGGACCUGCUGGACUGGGGCAGCCUCAUCGACAGCAGGACCAAGCUCUCCAAGCACCUGGUGGUCCCCAACGCACAGACAGGACAGUUGGAGCCCGUGCUGUCCCGGUUCACUGAGGAGGAGGAGCUACAGAUGACGAGGAUGCUACAGCGGAUGGAUGUCCUGGUCAAGAAAGCCACAGAGGUGGGCGUGCGGCUGAUGGUGGACGCCGAGCAGACCUACUUCCAGCCGGCCAUCAGCCUCCUGAUGCUGGAGAUGCAGCGCAAGUUCAAUGUGGAGAAGCCGCUCAUCUUCAACACGUACCAGUGCUAUCUCAAGGAUGCCUAUGACAAUGUGACCCUGGGCGUGGAGCUGGCUCGCCGUGAGUGCUGGUGUUUUGGGGCCAAGCUGGUGCGGGGCGCAUACCUGGCCCAGGAGCGAGCCCGUGCGGCAGAGAUCGGCUAUGAGGACCCCAUCAACCCCGUGUACAAGGCUACCAACGCCAUGUACCACAGGUGCCUGGACUACGUGCUGGAGGAGCUGAAGCACAACGCCAAGGCCAAGGUGAUGGUGGCCUCCCACAAUGAGGACACAGUGCGCUUCACGCUGCGCAGAAUGGAGGAGCUGUGCCUGCAUCCCGCUGACCACCAGGUGUACUUUGGACAGCUGCUAGGCAUGUGUGACCAGAUCAGCUUCCUGCUGGGCCAGGCUGGCUACAAGUACGUGCCCUACGGCCCCGUGAUGGAGGUGCUGCCCUACUUUUCCCGCCGCGCCCUGGAGAACAGCAGCCUCAUGAAGGGCGCUCGGCAGCUGCUGUGGCUGGAGCUCUUGUGGCGGCUCCGAACUGGCAGCCUCUUCCGUCACCCUGCCUAGCACCCGCCAGCCCACCCUCAGCCUCCAGGCCCCACCCCGGGCCAUCACCACAGCUGCAGCCAACCCCAUCCUCACACAGACUCACCUUUUUUUCUCAGCACUUGCAGAGCUGCUGGAGGUGGGGUCAGGUGCCUCCCACCCCUGCCCAGGGUCUGGGCACUCAGGUGUGGGCCGAACCUGCUACCUGCCUGGGAUAGCCACUGGGAACGGUUGGGAACUCUCCCCGGAUGUGUGGGCCCAAGGCCCCCACCUCUGUGACCCCCACGUCCUUGGGCCUAGAGGAUUGUCCGCCUUCUGCCAGGGCCAGCCCACACACCCGAGCCCCUCGGGGAGCAGAGGCCGGGCUGGGGAGGCCCUGCCUGGUCAAUAAACCACUGUUCUGCAGCUGACA